AUGUCCGAGUAUUUUGGAUAUAAGGGCGCUGGCGUGAGAGGUUCAAGUCAGAUGUGGAACCUUGGGAGACUUCCAGACUUUGGCGACAUCUGCUUCGAAUUACGAAGCAGAGUGACUACGGAGACGUUGGCCACAUGCAUCUGCUUCGAAUUACGGAGCAAAGGGUGGUACUUGACGAACGUCGGAGUGUUUAGGAUAGAAGAGCAGUGCCGUGGGAGGUCCAAGUCAAACGCGGUAGCUGUUUACUUUGGCGACUUCGAAGACGUUGGCAACAUCCGCUUCGAAUUACGGAGCAAAGAUGUGAAGUUGUAG